ACUGUCCUUGUCUCGACGAGCAUAGCAAGAGAAUAGAAAAAAAUUGGAAACGAUAAACAAGAAUUUGUUGAUCCAUCCAUCCAACACCUUAAAUGGGUCCCAAAUUCCGACCACAAAUCCUUCUUUUCUUUCUCUUUAGGCGCCACAAGUUCGCUAUUUCUCAUCAAUUAUCCACAGCAGAUAGCUUUUUGUUGAAACUGAGAGACGGGGAGAGCUCUGUCUUUUACCCCCGCCCCCCUUUUUUCAUCCUUAGUGGGCAUCUCUCUUUUUUCUCCCCUCUUCUUUUUCGAUACUUUCUGAUGAGCUUCUUGAUUCUCAUUUGAUUUGGGAAGUUGCAGAACAUGGCGAGCACACUGGAAAAACAGGGGUCUAAAGAGGGUAUUCUGUUCCUGGAAUUGCCUGCUCCUCCUGGUUGGAACAAAAAGUUUCUACCCAAGUUAGAUGGGAUCACUAAGAAAAAUGAAAUCAUCUUCAUAGCUCCUACAGGGGAGGCGAUCCAUAACAAAAGGCAGCUGGAUCAGUACUUGAAAUCACAUCCAGGUAAUCCAGCAUCUUCUGAGUUUGAUUGGCGUACUGGUGAAACGCCUAGAAGAUCAGCUAGAAUUAGUGAGAAGGCAAAGGCAACUCCCCCCUCACCUCAAAUUGAACGACGUAAGAAACGAACACGAAAACAAGCUCUUUCGAAAAAGGUUGAGGUUAAAGAGACAGUUGUUGUCCCAUACGGUUUGGAGGAGGUAGGAGUUCAUAAGGAAGACGAGACCAAUGUCGAUAGCGAGGUGAAAGAAAUACACGAGGAGGAAAAGUAUGAAAAUAGAAAACUAGAAGAUGAGAAUGGAAAAGCUGAAACCACCCCCACCCCUGCCGAAAUGGCUGAAGAGGGGUGGCGAAUUGAUGGCGAUGAAUGGGAGAAGCUUGCUAAAACGAAGCAGGGAAGUGAGGGUUCUGAGGAUGCAAGAAAGGAAAAUCAAAAUUUGGAAGGAACAAAUGGGGAAGAGAAGGUUCAACUUCAAAAUGAUGCAAAGGAAUCCAUUUCAGAAGAAAUAACAGCUGAAGUUCAAAGAAACAACCAAGACGAACUUAGUGUUCCACAAAGAAGAUGAUGAAAAGGUAACAAAUUGACACAAUUGGAAGUAGUAGUGAUGAGAGUCUGUGAGAUUGAUUUACAUGUCUAGUUUGAACCGUUACCGGAUUACCGGAUUCAUAUGCUGAGACAUAUCUAUGUAAUUAUCAUUAAUAGGAUUGUCAUUUGUAUCUAUCUGUAUGUACCAUAUUUGUAUAAACAUUUUAGUGUGCAACAAUUUUAUUGAAGUUGUUAACUUAAAAACCUUGUCUC